UCCACUGGCCAUAGAAGGCGUACUCUGCCAACCCAAAGAAGGGAAAACAAAGCAUAUUUUGCUCAGCUAGCUGUAAUAUGUUUAAAAAUGGACCAAAUAGAAAGCUCAACUUCCCCUACAGCUGAAAAGGAUGAAUAUGCGAAGAAAGAAGUAUGGUGUUUGACACGAGUCGGGAAAGAUUUGGACUGGCUCCGCUUGUUCGAGAAUACAGAGGUUACAAUUGGACGUGGCUUAAAUGUCACUCACCAGCUCGUGUCCCCAAGCUGCCCCCUAAUGAUAUCCAGACUGCACUGUAUGUUCAAGCAACGAGACGACGGCCAAUGGACAGUGACCGACAAGAAGAGCCUUAAUGGUGUGUGGGUGAACGGAGAACGAAUUCCUGUGGAUAAAGCUCAAUUGCUGAUGCUUGGUGACUCGAUAAAGCUGGGAGUGCCCCUUGUUGGCACCAAAGUGGAGCAUGAGUACAUACUGAUUCGGCAGCGCCUCGAGGACAUCAAACCCUACCUAGCGAAGGGUCCUAGUGAAGUUGCCUGCACUGCCUCCAGAACCAAGAAGACUAAGAGGAAAUUGAACUCUGAUGAACUGGAGCCUUCGACCUCGUUUAAAUCCAAGCUCUACCUCUGCUCUGCCACAGACAAGCCCCGGGAGAGGCCAGGAACCAGGGAACGGGAGGAGGCCGGGCCCAGCGUGCAGCAGGGUCAGAGGCUGGAGUCGCCUCCAGAGGGACUCAGCAGUCCUAUCAGGAAUCUGUCCAAUUUACAAACGUACAGCCAGAACAUGCUGGUGGUGCGGGAGCGGAUGAAUGACACCCAGCGGCGGGUGGAGGCCCUGGAGGGGGAGCGGCAGCAGGACGACCCCCACCAGGAGGAGCAGGUGAGGGAGCUGCAGAGCCAGCUGGAGCUGCUCCGGGGCCAGCUUCACAGGAUGGAGAUGCUGGAGAGGUCCAUCAGCGAGACAGAGAAGCUCCUCGAGGUGCAAAAAACACAGCAUGAAGAGGCGGGUAUGAAAAAACAGUUGGAGGAGAUGGGUUUGAAAACACAGCUGGAGGAGGCUUUGCAAGAGCAAAGAAAAGUCAUAGAGGAACUUGCACUCUCUCGACAAAGCUUUGAGGACAUCCUCAAGGCCAAAGACAAAGAGCUGGAGGUGACAAAAGAAGAGAAGGAGUUGGCGAGAGCUCAAAAGGAGGAGGUGGUAACACAAAUGACAGAGGUGCUGGAGAACGAACUUCAAUGCAUAAUUUGUUCUGAGCUCCUCAUUCGGGCAGUGACGCUUAACUGCGCCCACAGCUUCUGCCUGCACUGCAUCAGAGAGUGGCGCAAGUGGAAGGACGAGUGCCCUAUCUGUCGGCAGGCAAUCCUGUCGCAGACCCGCUCGCUUGUGCUGGACAACUGCAUCGAUCGCAUGGUGGAGCAGCUCAGCCCCGACAUGAAGCAGAGUCGCCUGGCGCUCAUCGCCCAGCCGGAGGAGCUGAUGGUGAUCCACGACGACGACAGUUGCAGCAGUAACAGUGACCUCUCCAUGGAUAGCUUCAGCUCCGUAAUCUCCUUGGAAGAGAGCAACCAUUGGGGCUCCAGCGACGAUUCCGAUGAGGACAAUGACGAGGUUUAGCCCAUUUGACGUUGUUACACAUUAUACAUUUUUUUACGUUAAUUAUAAGCAUUUUCCUGAAAUGUUCAGGCAAAGACGGUCAUAGAGAAUGCAGAGAAAGGGAGAAAGUCCAUCCUUGCCAGGAAACCAACGCACUCAAUAUUGUAUGACAAAUGUCAUUAGUGUUCAUAUAUAUUUUUUGUACAAAUGUCAGUUUUCUUUGUGUUAAUUUAUUUUCCAAUGAAACGGAAUAAAAAAAUGUUUCUUAA